AAAGGCCAUGACGCCUUCAGCCUUUCAUGAAAAACAUUUCAAAACUACUUUUACUACAACCACUUCAAAGCAAAUUACGAAAAAGGAAUGUCUUGAUUUGAAAGCUGCCUUUUCAAUAAGAACUAAGAAAUAGGGCGAACGAAGACAUCUGGUCAAUCUCAGCUGGCGCAGGGAUGCCAGUCACCACCCCACCUAUGAUUGCGAGUGCCAGCGGGUUUGUUGAUCAUAAGAGCAACAUGGCACCCAGUCUUCUUUGUACCUGUUCACUCACAGCCUCUUCCUCCAACCCCUCCUCAGUCUUCGGUCAGUUUCAGAAAGGAAUGAAAGCGUCGCCAGAAAUUAAAAGUAUUUUCAGUUUUGGGCCCAAACAAGUUGACUUACCUUAUGAAUAGUGAUGAAAGAGACAACGAUGAAAAUUCUCACUCAGGAAAAUCUGGCACCGAAGAAAAAAGCGAAAGAAAAAGGCAGAAUCUGAGGCCGAGGAAAACUCGGCAGUGGUCGGGACUCAUUGUGUCAGUGCGUUCGUGGCGAGAUUGAAAAGUGUCGGAUUGCACCCCAGUCCAAAAGUCAGGAACGAGUGACGGAGAUAAUGGAAAUGAUAAGUGAUAACUAUCUGCCUUGUUUAUCAUCUUGCGAUAACGCGUCUUGUUGAGUAUGUGUCGGACAGUGUCAUUGCUAAAUGGAUCAGUAGUUAUAAACUCGGUGUCCUAUACAAAAUCGUUGUCGUAUCUUAACCAAAAAGUGUGUUCCGCCAUAUCUGCGUUUAAAGCUCCGCUUCUUGGACGCGCAUCAUACCAGUGUAAGCAAAGUACGUUCUGUUAACCAUGUAUACCGUUCCGUGGCAAUGCAAACUUCUUGUGUUAAGGACAAAAUUCCGAUUGGAUUAUCUGUCUAGGACCGACGCGCUGUUUUGAAGUGGUACCUUCUGAUCUACGUAUUUCAUCAAGUUUAAGAUCAUCCAAAAUGGAACCAGUUCAAGACUUCAGCCGGUUGCGCGUAACCGAUUCACCGCAAGACGGCUCAGCAGCCAAGCCCCAAGCCAUUCCAGAUGGAUUAUACCCACAAAGUAAACUUUUCGCUCCAUCUGUUCCUCCUAAUAGACCACAUAGUAAUUUCCAUAGCAGGGUGACCACUUGUAAAUUUGGUUUUGGAUCUGCUCUGAGCGCUGGAGCAAACAAUCUACCGGUUAAUAGCACAGGCAAUGUCCAGAUAACAUCUGAAUUCGCGGAUGAUUUAUCUAAUUUUAAGAAGUUGCAUCCUCCUCCUCAGUAUCAUGAAGCAGUCGACAACCUGCACAGGUUCAACCUCAACCCUGAAUCAAGUCUUCAAAAGUAUGCAUCAGAAACCUCUCUCUUAUGGUCUCAAACAGGGCAAAAUGAAGGUUAUGAGGAGACUGAACAAGACUGUCGUCGUGGGAGAUCACAGUCUAAUGCAGCAUACAUCAGUUGUCCAUUGGACAUUCCAACGAGUCAUCAAGAAGUUAAUGAAUGCCUUGAUUCCUCUAUGAAGACCCCAUCUUCAUUUACAGACCUGAACUUAGCAUUUCCUCAUCAGACAGUACCUGUUACCAGGGCCGCAACUGAGUCAAACUUUUAUCAAAAACCCCAUUUAGUCCCUAGAAGGUCAAGAAACCACAGAGAUGGCUCACAGGGUCCCAGUGGGAAUUCUCUAGCAUCUUUUAAGGGCCAAAUUCGUUCAAAGAGUCCUAGUCUCGAGUGCUUUUUAAAUCAAGGUAACCUAGAUUUGACAUUCCAGCAGUCAUACAGAACAAAGAGCCCUAGCAUUGAUUGCAUAGGAACACAGAACAGAACUUAUGGCAGCAGCACUUUUGCACCAAAAACCACAAGUACUGAUACUCACAGAAACAGAACCUCUCAGCCUACUGAGACUCCCGCUGUUCCAAUUCCUAGUUUCUCUCGUAAUCUGGACAUUGUGCAAUCAGGAAACUCACUAACUGUACACAAGGCAAAGCACUUUCGUAGCAAAAGUCCAAGUUUAGAUGCUGGAGUGUUCCUUGAGGCUGUAAGAAGUGGAAAUUAUUUAGAGCCUCAAACAAGUGGAUUAUCUUUUCUACGUCCUUUAGCCAGUCUUACUGUACCAGAAAUCAAGAAUGAAUCUGAUAAAAAUCAGGAUAGUACAUCUUUAAUACCUACUCCAGGGUCACUGGAACGUCGACCAAGUGCUCAGAGUCUGCCAGAUCUGUCAGGGCCGGCCCUGGAUGAUCUGUGCCCAGUCACUGUAUUUUCCUCACAUUCUACAUCUGCAAGACCAUUUGAAAGUCAAAACUGCAACCCAAAAAGCUUUGCUACCUCUGGAGGACAAACUAGCUUGGGUGACUAUGCAACACUCUCCUCUCAGCGCACAAAACCGAUUUUUACAACGGGAGAGACUGAAAUACGGCAGCAACCUCAGAGAGAUCUACGAUCCUCGUGUGACCAAAGCAUUCCAAGAAUGACAAUCAACAGGUCCUCACCAACACCUGGCUACAAACACAAGCAAGACAGCAGUGGGCUUAGAGAUGAAUCAUUACUCCCUGGCUUGGACCAGACUAUUCCUCCUUUGGAUUCUCAGCCUAUCCCAGGGAACUCCAACCUAGUCAUAAGCCGUCUCAGCCAAAAUGCAGGUGUCCGCCGCAGGAUGCACCUGGAAGAAUAUUCAACGACUCACGCCGAGUCACCUGAACCACUCAUCCCGACUGAGCUGACCUCAUGCGACCUGGGGGGACUCAUCAGCCCACUGGGCGAAUCUCCUCUCUCUGGAUCACCCCUGGAUCCCCAUGGAACAUUUACACCUCCUACGAUAAGCGUAGAAGCACCGCAGGACUCUGGACCAACAUCCCAAAUGUCAACGGCCCUGAAUGCCCUUGGAGAACUUCAUGGAGACUUGUAUCUUGCAGGGGACGAAUGGAGUCCUUCCUUAGAGAAUCUAUUAACAGCCGUCCCAGGAGGAUCCUCACUUCCAGAAUUGGUCGUGACUGAUACUCGCCCACAGGAUGCCGCUUUAUUUUCUAGUCCAAUGCCCCCACCUACAUCUUCCACGGGCCUUUUAGAUUUGCCCACUCACGAAGGCCUGGAUCUUUACCUUGGGGGAAGCAGGUGUUCAGCCUCUCCCAUGAGCGUCUCCCCAGGAGGUUCGUCAAUUCCUUCGCCUUUCACCUCUGCCAGGGGCUCCUUCAGUUCCACGCGCCGUUAUAAGCGUCCUUAUUCAACGUCUCCCAUGAACGCUGAUGGUAUAGACCUCAACACUAUAAUCAGGUCCUCCCCAACUUGUCUCAACGCCGGUUCUCUAACAACAGCCACUCCAGCUCUGCAGCCCUUGUCAUGCUCACCUUCUGGAAGCUACGGCCACCUCAUUCCAAGACCAGAGGCCAACAACAACCAACCUCCAAGGGCUAAUCUUAGUUUUCAGUCACUCAUUACCGAUGAUGACGUUAAACCUUGUGUCAACAAUAACAACACGAUAAACAAUCACAACAACAGUGACAACAACAACGGCAGGCAGGUGACCGUACACUCCCUAUACAAGUCAGAACCAAAGAGCGAACCAGACGAAAGACAAGCUACUCCGCCCUACCAAGAGCAUCACCACCAUCAGGAAACAGAGGAAGGCCGUCCGAACAGUCCCUCCGAUGACGACGGUCCUCGUUUUUGCCGGUGGAUGGACUGCAACAUCCUGUUCCAGUCGAGGGAAUCACUUUCCAGGCACAUCGAGAAGGCGCACAUAGACCAGAGGAAGGGCGAUGACUUCACUUGUUUCUGGGCUGCGUGUCAGAGGAGAUACAGGCCCUUCAACGCCAGGUACAAGCUCCUCAUUCACAUGCGAGUCCACUCCGGAGAGAAGCCCAACAAAUGCACGUUCAAGGGAUGCACCAAGGCCUUCUCACGCUUGGAGAAUCUCAAAAUCCACCUGCGCAGCCACACCGGGGAGAGGCCGUACAUUUGCAUAUACCCGCACUGCAUGAAAGCCUUCUCCAACUCUUCGGACAGAGCCAAACACCAGAGGACGCACUUGGACGCUAAACCAUACGUGUGUUCGGUUCCCGGAUGUAAGAAGAGAUACACCGAUCCAUCCUCUCUUAGGAAGCAUGUGAAGAAUCAUUCGGCGAAAGAGCAAGCUCUUGCAAAGAGAAAGAUGAGGUCGAACGAAGAAGACGAAUACCAAGGGUCAUCACCAAACUGCCUUAUGUCUAAUUCGGGCAUUGCCCUUGAAAAUGAAACCAGUGUCAUGGACCACAAUUCUUUUCCGUACAGCGACAGUGUCGUCCCCGAGCGUGGGCCCCGGGGAUGUGGUUCGCUUCAGUCUCCGAUGCCAUGUACUGUCUCGACGUCCCUCGGGGGAGAGCUGUCAGAUGGCGCUAGGAAUGCCGGAGACCUUAGUACCGGAAUUCUCGCAGGAGGACCUAGACGCAUGGGUCAGCAUCAUCUGAGUUACGCUCAGCAGCAACAGCAACAAAGUCCCCUCCAUCACACAACAAUGAUGUCGAAUGAAGUCCUCAUGUUUGCUGGCCACGACGGUUGUCAGUUGCCGCCGCAUCAGCAGCAGCAUCAACAGGUUCAAGACAAAAUCCUGCUCAGAGAAGACGAAUGUCAGGUGCUGUAUGGCCAGCACACGCCACCUCCACCGCCCCAUCAGCAGAUAAUCUGUACAAAUGAACGAUCUCAGUCGAUUUUUGAUUCUCCACCACCGCCCUAUUGUCAAAACCAGGAUUUUGUGACCACUCAUGGGAGUGGAGAUCCUUCGGUACGGUUACCUUAUACGAUAGUUACCUCUUCUUCUAGUCUGCCUUCCUUUACUGCACCUCACUACAGCUUACAGCAGCAGCACUAUCACACGCAGCAUAUGCAGCAAUAUUCACCUCAACAGGGUACUUGAAGGUUUCGUUCUCGCCAAGGCAAGUCAAGGAUUGUAGGGGUAACUCUGAAACAGUUACCUAUAAUUCUCUCCUCUCACGAGUGAGAACACUUCCCUCGCAGCUCUUCCCUGGUUACCAGGGGGGAAACUUGGCAAUUCAUGACAGCGUAUGUCUGUGAUUUCCUGGUGCUAGUCAAGCAAAUCGUUUCUUGAGAAAGUCAAGAUGGAACUGACGACUGUUGACCCACAGAUUUCUUCAAGUUUCAGAGGAUGAGGAAUUAGAUGUAUUUGUCAAUACAUUAAUUUAAUGCUACAAAUAUCACCAUCGAUAAAAUCUGCUGGAAGCGUAAUUUUUCAUAUCUGGAAACGAACAUGCACAAACACUCAAAAGAAUUUACUUUCUACACAAAUAAUGUGUUGGUGACAUGUUGCUGAGCUUAAUUCAAAAUCUAUUUGAAAGAUGUGCUCCUUGGAUGAAUGUAAAAUGGACAAGCGGAGUAAGACUUGAGUUAUUCCGUGAAUUUUGGUAUUGCCUAACUGUUUCCCCAUCAUCAUUUUUUGUCAGAGUGAAACUUAAAUGCCAAAGACAGUUGUUCGGAUUAUCUUUCACCUUGUAAAUCGGGAAAAUAAUUACAGUUCAGUGGAAAAUUGUGGAACAUGAAUAUCCUCGGCAAACGAUGAAAUACUGGUAAAAUACAUGGUAAAAUUUCUCGUUAUGUAAUCAAUUGAAGAGAUUACAUAUGUGAACUUUAAAAAAAAAAAAAAAAAAAAAAAAAAACGCAGGCCGAAGCAAUGCAGAACCCGUUGUCAGGAUGUAUAGCUUUGAGGGGAUGACGAAGUUUGCGGACAAGCCUCAUUUUUGUGCAAUAGAAAGUACAUUAAUUGGAAUUAUUUAUAUGAUUUUCUUGCUUCAGUGAAGUCUUAGUGAUUAUUUUCAACGAGGCAAGUUGGAUUAGGGCCAAUUGCAUUUCAGAGCACUCACUACAUUUCUAAAACCGGAUGACAUAAAUAACUCUUCCAAAACUUCUCAAGGUGCUAGAUGUCUGCUUUCUUUUUCUACAAUGUGUACAUAUAGUACAAACUGCUUUUUGUAAAAAUCGUGUACUUGACUUAUUACCUAGAUACCUUAAGUGCCAUUUUAUGGGAGAUUUUAAGGGAACAGAUACAUGUUAUCCAGUAUAUUUAUCUCUACAUGUUGUGCAAUUUAUGUUUUUGCUGAAGUGAUUUCUUUGCUCAGUGAAUUGGUGAACGAAAUUUUCUGUGAUUAUUGUAAAGAAGGAAGGAAAAUGAAAGAACAGUAUACAAUACAGUUGGUGUUUGUCUUUCAAAUGUUUAGAGAUUUCUCGUCAUUUCUUUGUGGUUUGCAAUUUUUGUUCUGUUGCCUCAAAACCCGUUGCUAGCAGGCAAAAGCCACAGCUCUGUGGAGUAAUGCAAGAUCGUCCUUAAAUCAGUGUAGCGUCAAUAACUUUUAUGUCUUGUUGAUGGCAGGUACCAACCGGUGUUACCCGCUUAAAACUGUGUGAAAUAUUAACAUCUUGAUGCCGGCAGCCAGUAAAACAGUUACCGAAUUUGAAAUGUAAUAUUGCCGGUCGGCAAAGCCUGUUCGAUAAAUAUGACUUGUCACUACAAGUCAUAUUUAUCUUAUAAUGCUGGCAGCCAACAAAAGGUUAUAUAAUAGAUACACGUACUAAAAAUUCCUUUGUUGCUUUCAGCCAACAAAAUAUGAUGAGAUAGCAUUAUACCAGUCUAUGAUGCUGUAUUAAUAAUCUGGAAGGCCCUUCAACUGUAAGUAGUUUUGUUAUGUGGUGACUGACCGUUACUGCCACUUUUCAUUUAUCGAAACCAUCCCAAGGAAACACGAUGAUGUAUAUUUUAUGCAGUUUAGUUUUCAUUUGUUUGUGAUUAGUGAGACUUUACGUUUGGAAAUAGGAAAGUUAAGAAGUAAUACAAAAAUAUUAUUUCCUAACUGUUUUCUGUGCAAGAUUAAGUCUUUACUUGGUUUAUACUCACGCAUAUACAUGUACCUAUGGCCAUCAAAAGG